AUGAACACUACUCGCCCAGUGAGCACUACUCCCCCAGUGAGCACUACUCGCCCAGUCAGCACUACUCACCCAGUCAGCACUAUUCGCCCAGUGAACACUAUUCACCCAGUCAGCACUACUCACCCAGUCAGCAUUACUCCCCCAGUGAACACUACUCACCCAGUGAAUACUGCUCACCAAAUGAACACUACUCACCCAGUGAACACUACUCGCCCAGUGAGCACUACUAGCCCAGUCAACACUACUCACCCAUUGAACACUACUUGCCCAGUGAACACUACUCACCCAAUGAACACUACUCACCCAGUGAACACUACUCACCCAAUUAGCACUACUCGCCCAGUGAACACUACUCACCAAAUGAACACUACUCGUCCAGUGAACACUACUCACCCACCAAUUAGCACUACUCACCCAAUGAACACUACUCACCCAGUGAACACUACUCGCCCAGUGAGCACUACUCACCCAGUGAACACUACUCACCCAAACACUACUACUCACUCAGUGAACACUACUCACCCAGUGAACACUACUCACCCACCAUUGAACACUACUCACUCAAUGAACACUACUCACCCAGUGAACACUACUCACCUAGUGAACACUACUCGCCCAGUGAACACUACUCGCCCAAACACUACUACUCACUCAGUGAACACUACUCACCCAGUGAACACUACUCACCCACCAUUGAACACUACUCGCCCAAUGAACACUACUCACCCAGUGAACACUACUCGCCCAGUGAACACUACUCACCCAGUGAACACUACUCACCCAGUGAACACUACUCACCCAAUGAACACUACUCGCCCAGUGAACACUACUCACCCAGUGAACACUACUCACCCAAUUAGCACUACUCACCCAGUGAACACUACUCACCCAGUGAACACUACUCACCCAAUUAGCACUACUCACCUAGUGAACACUACUCAGCCAAUUAGCACUACUCAGCCAAUGAACACUACUCACCCAGUGAACACUACUCACCCAGUGAACACUACUCGCCCAGUGAACACUACUCACCCAGUGAACACUACUCACCCAGUGAGCACUACUCACCUAGUGAACACUACUCACCCAAUGAAAUAA